AUGCCGAAAACAGCCAACCGGGGCAGUUACAAGAUUGCCGUUGAUAAGGUCAACAAGGUGGUGUGCAUCCAAUGGCGAGAUUCGCGAGUGGUAAACACGGUGACUACUCUUGGGGAUACAUCAAUCACCAAAGUCGAACGUCAACUUGGACCAACGGUUACAGAAGUGGACUGUCCCAUGGCAGUAACAAAAUACCAACAAACUAUGUUUGGAGUGGAUAAGGGCGGCCAAAUCCGUGUGCAUAGUGGAGGCUUCGCCAAUAAAGCUCACUUCAAGAAGUGGUACAAGAAAAUCUACCUGGGAAUCCUUGACUGCUAUCUAUUGAAUGCUUACAUUGCUUGGAACAUGGCAGCGGCUAUUCCUCGCUCAACCAAACACAAUCUACACCGGCACGAGUUUUUUGCAGUUGUGGCGGAACAAAUGAUGAUUUACUUCCGGAAUGAAGACGACGAUGACGUUGGCAUUGGUACCAACACUGUGUUGGAUGGACGUUUCAGAGCAGCGCAAGAACAACAGAAUACUAGUCACUAUCCAGUCGCAAAGGAGGCUGGUCGCCGGAAUGUUCGCUGUGCAGUCUGCAAGUUGGAACGUAACAUGAACAAAGCAAUUAGAGAGAAGGGAAUGGCACAAAAUGUUGUUAUGUGUUCCGAUUGUCCCAUUCCGGCACACAACCAUGUCGUUCGAGAUGAUGCUCAUCGGAUUAUCAACAAGCGAAGCGAAUUCAAGAACAUGACAUGCUUUCAGAUUGUCCACAGUGAGGCUGGUCAACGAUUGUGGAAGAUCUGUAAAGGAGGCAGCGAUCGUGUCCAAUAUAAGCCCCAACAAAUCGAUCCAAUCUAUCAAGACUUAUUGCAACACCACACGGGCGAAAGAACUCGAAAGCGAAGGAAACACAACAAUGAUGGCAAUAAUGACGAGGACGAGGACGAAGAAGAAGACACCCAAGAGGAAGAAGAUGACUGCGUGAGAGCAAGUGCAAAUAACUCUACAGGAGUGUAA